UAAAUGACACCUUCUCGCUAGCGCUUGUUGCCAUUUUUUUUUGGCUUACAUAUUAGCUAGACCAUUUUGAUUUUUCGUGGCUCCAAGUUAUUCAACAUUUCAAGUUAGCGACGAAAGCAGCGCAUGCACCAUAUAUAAAAACAAAUAUCUAGGUAGCUUAAUUCAUGUUCCGACCCUUUUUUUUUUUUUGUGUGUGCUUGUUUGUGUAUGUGUAUGUUUCCCUCUGUCAGCCCUUUGUAUUUAAACACACUAGCACAGCGGUGAGCACACAAAAUAAAUUCCUGAAAGAAUAGAAUAAGAAGAAAUUGAAUCGAUCACCUCCAGAUAAUAAGAUGCUGGAACUGAGUGAAACCUUGUUAGUAGUACUGCUUCUAGCCAUUACUCUCAUCUUCAUAUACGAAUGGUUCUCCACCAGUACAAAAAACUCGCCACCUUCUCCACCAAAACUCCCUAUCCUCGGAAACCUUCACCAACUAGGGUUACACCCUCAUCGCUCACUUCGAGCCUUAGCUCAGAUCCAUGGCCCCUUCAUGCUCCUCCACUUUGGAAGCGUCCCCGUCCUUAUUGUCUCUUCGGCUGAGGGAGCCCGCGAAAUCAUGAAAACCCAUGACCUCACUUUCUCCAACAGACCCAAGACGGUCAUCUUUGAGAAGCUGCUCUACAAUUUCAGAGACGUAGCGUCGGCGCCUUAUGGUGAGUACUGGAGACAGAUGAAGAGUAUAUGUGUUUUGAAUCUUCUGAGCAACAAAAGGGUUCGCUCUUUUCGCUCUGUUAGAGAAGAAGAAACAAAAUUGAUGAUCGACAAGAUAAAGGAAGCAUCAUCAACAUCAUCGGUUUUGAACUUAAGUGAAAUGUUUGCUACGCUGACUAAUGAUGUCAUCAGUAGAGUUGCUCUGGGUAGGAAGUAUAAUAGUACUGAUGGGGAAGGUCUGAGAGAGCUUUUGGGGGAGUUUCAGGAGUUAUUGGGACGCAUCAACGUUGGGGAUUUUAUCCCAUGCCUUGCUUGGCUGAACCGUGAGAAUGCUUUGGAGGCUAAAUUGGACAAGGUGGCUACACGGUUUGAUGAGUUUUUGGAGAGAGUGAUUCAAGAGCAUGCAGAUAGUUCCGAGAGUAGAAAUAAUGAUGGCCAUGCUCAUAUUGAGAAUGAGAACCAAAAGGAUUUUGUGGACAUUUUACUUGAAAUUCAGAAAGGAAACUCACUUGGUUUUCCCCUCGAAAGAGUUAGCAUAAAGGCACUUAUCUUGGAUAUGUUUGCUGCCGGAACUGAUACCACAUAUUCAUUCCUUGAAUGGGCAAUGAGUGAGCUUUUAAGGCAUCCGAUGGUCAUGAACAAACUGCAGAAAGAGAUUCGAGGAAUAGUCAGAGACAAGAAAGACAUAACGGAGGAUGAUUUGACUGGACUGCACUAUUUAAAGGCAGUGAUUAAGGAGACUUUUCGCUUGCAGCCUCCAGUUCCAUUACUAGUGCCUAGGUUAUCAACCCACGAAGUGAAAAUAAAUGGUUAUAGUAUUAAAGCCAACACACAAGUUCUAGUGAAUGCAUGGCACAUUGGAAGAGAUCCCGAGUCAUACAGCAAUCCAGAGGAGUUUGAGCCAGAAAGGUUCUUGAUUCACGACGAUAUAGAUUACAAAGGAAAUGAUUUCCAACUUAUUCCAUUUGGAGCUGGUAGAAGGAUCUGCCCAGGUAUUCAAUUUGCCACUGCUGUUAAUGAGAUUGCCUUGGCAAACAUAUUGCACAAGUUCAAUUGGGAAUUGCCAAAUGGAGCAAAAGGCGAAGAUUUGGACAUGACGGAAUUUACAGGUAUAACCAUGCGUAGGAAAUAUCCUCUUAAAGUCGUUGCUGUUCCAUUUGAUUGUAUAACCGGUAAUGAGAAAAAGACAUUGUUAUAACUAAGAUAUAUUGAAUGAAUCUGUAUGUUUUUAAUAAAGACCACAAAUGUUAUAAUGAGCUA